CCAAAAUGAUGAUGGAGGAUGAUUCGGACGACGAGCAAGCAAAUCCACGUGUAGUUCAUCACAAUCAACCCUAUGACGAGUCGCUUGAAGUGCCUGAUGCUGAAGAAAUUGCCAGUACAUAUUCCCCAACACCCAGAGUCCCACAGCCAGGAGUGAAAGCCAGACAGGCACCAACCUCAGUGAAGGGAGCAUCAGACCGAGGAAUGAGUCGGGACAAUUCCAUCCUGUCUGACCAGUCCGAUGAAGAGGAUGAUGACGAUGUCGAGUUCUCCCACGACAGAAAUAAAGGGAUGCCUCCACCACCCCAGGGAAAGAUGGCGCCACCGCAACGCAGCUCAGGACCACCGCCACAGCAACGGCAGGUGAAUGAUGAUGAUGAUGACGGUGAUGAUGAUGGGUCUGGGGAUUCGGGCGAUGAUGAUGACAGUGAGGAAGGACCUCCGCAAGUUGAAGGUGCUUAUGAUCCAGCUGACUUCGAGAGCCUGCCCGUGACACCUGAAAUCAAAGAACUCUUUCAGUAUAUCACUCGGUACACUCCGCAGUCGAUAGAACUCGAACAGAAGCUGAGGCCUUUUAUUCCCGACUUCAUACCAGCCGUCGGAGACAUUGAUGCUUUUAUUAAGAUUUCCCGUCCAGAUCAGAAACACGACACGCUCGGUUUGACUGUGUUGGACGAACCGUGUGCGAAACAGUCCGAUCCAACAGUGCUCGACCUGCAGCUGAGAGCCAUCUCCAAGCAAACCACUGCUAAACAACUGGUUGUGAAGAGUCUUGAGAAUGCAGAGAAAAAUCCGAAACACGUGGAUAACUGGAUUGAAAGUAUCCGUGAAUUACACCGGUCAAAGCCUCCACCCAAUGUCCACUACUCCAAAAAUAUGCCGGAUAUUGAUACUCUCAUGCAAGAAUGGCCACCAGAAUUUGAAGAGCUCCUCAAAGAGGUCGGGUUACCCACAGCAGAACUCGACUGUGAUUUGGGACAGUACGUGGAGAUAAUCGCUUCUAUGCUCGACAUCCCGAUCUACAAGGACACUAAGCACCAUGAGAAGAUCCAGGCACUUCACGUUCUCUUCACCCUCUACUCAGAGUUCAAAAACUCUCAGCAUUUCCGUACUCUUGCACAAGAAAACCGACUGGACAACAACAUGAAGAAUGAGAAUUCAGCUGACACAGAUGAGAGACUAGUUCUUUAGAAAGUCUUAUAACAGUUUGGUGGUUCAAUACUCCUAACAGACUGAGUGAAGAAUGAGAAAUCAGCAGACACUUCUGGUGGCUUAUGAUGAGAGACUAGUUCUUUAGAAAGUCUUAUCCAAGUUUGGUGGUUCAAAUCUCUUAACGACUGUGAUAAUAAACUAAUUUAUUUUGACAGACAAUACAGUGACAUGUGCAUUGACGAUCAUUCAUUUAGAAAUAUGUUUUCACAUAUUAUUUUGUUUUAUUUUCUCAUUUUAGAUUUAAAGGUGUUUUUUUUUUUUAUAUGGGAUCAAUGGAAUUCCACUUUAGUGUUGAAGGGUAUAAAAGCAGGACUAGCGCUACAACUUGCAGUGUUUGAUCAAUGGAAUUCCACUUUAGUGUUGAAGGGUAUAAAAGCAGGACUAGCGCUGCAACUUGCAGUGUUUGAUCAAUGGAAUUCCACUUUAGUGUUGAAGGGUAUAAAAGCAGGACUAGCGCUGCAACUUGCAGUGUUCGAUCAAUGGAAUUCCACUUUAGUGUUGAAGGGUAUAAAAGCAGGACUAGCGCUGCAACUUGCAGUGUUCGAUCAAUGGAAUUCCACUUUA